AUGGUUUUGAAGAAAUGCUCGGUCUGUUCGAGAAUAUUCAAGAAGACUGAACAUUAUAAGCGACAUGAGCGCUCCCACACCAAGGAACGCCCAUAUGAAUGCAAUGUCUGUCAUAAGCGGUUCUCUCGCAGUGAUGUGUUGAGUCGCCAUGCCAAAGGUCAUAAACAGACUGACGCAACAGCCGGUCCGUCAGAGGCGCCAAAUCCACGACCAUCAGUGGUGGAUACUUCCUCAGUCACAGAUGCUGCCAAAGCUUCUUUUAUCACAGGGGCACCAUGUCUUCCAAUAUCGUCUGCAACCCCACGCGACGCACCUCUGGCAACCGGGCUGCCAUCAUCACUAGACUGCCUCGCUGACAUAUCAGCCCAUCAUGGCCGUGGCGAGACAGAAUCAAAUGCAGUGGCAAUGGGCGAACCUCAGGCUUACUAUGGGUGGAACGAGGUGACUCCUGCCGAUCAACCGCCUCGAGGCGGCUUGGCCUUCGACCCUGUGCCAAAAGACAUGCUUCAAAUGUGGCUUGAGCCUCGCACCGAUACUGCCUCCAAUGCCUCGCUUGAUCUAAUGCACGAUAAUCAACUUCCCCUCAUAAGUGAUAAUCUUUUACUCGCCCCGGAUCUGAGUCGGCAUUCAGUGGACAGUCGGCCCGACAACGAUAACAUCCCCAAUGAGCGCUUCUUCAAGGUUCAGCGAUGCUGGUUGGCACCGCCUAACACCGGGCGACUUAUAAAUAGCCUGUGGCGUGAUAAUGCGAUGUCUGCAGUCGAUAAUAUUUUCUCCAUCCAGUCGUUGCACUUCGCCGAUGAUCCAAGCGCGGGCCAAGGGUCGCGGUGUGGAUUUGAUGAGAAUUGCAGACGACGACUUCAGGCAGGAUUCUCAGAUGACACUCAAUCUCCUCGCCCCAAUCAAGUCACCUCCCCGGGUUUUACAGCCUCGGCAUCUCAUUAUUCUGAUUUCCCUCCCGCUGAGAUCUUUGACAUGUCGUUGGAUCAUUACUUUCGGCUGUUUCAUCCACUUUUGCCGUUCGUUCACGUUCCUACGUUCGCUGCUAACAAAACACGCCCAUCACUCUUAUAUGUCAUGACUUUAAUCGGGAUGACAUUACUUGGUACUAAGGGAACUACGGCGUUCGUUUCCAGGAACUUCACCGCUGUUCUCGAGAAAUUGACAGCCGAGUUUUCUAGAUGCUCUUUGGGACUUGACAAUGCCUCCGGUACCAUGACAAUGCUUGCCACAGCCUUGCUCUUAUUUGAGUUGGCUGGGUUAACAGGGGUAGGACUCUCUGUGUCUUGGCUCAACGGAGUUUUUCUGCUAACACACAUCGUCAUGCAGAACGGGGCACAUCUAGAACUAUGCCAACCCCUUUAUAUCAAUGUGAUGUCUGUCGCUCAACGGCACGGACUCUUCUCAGUCACUGAAGGGCAGAUUUUGGAUAUGACUCUCUUCGAAUCAAUCUCGAAUGUAGACAUGAGAUGGAAGGCUUGGAGCAAAGUUGAAAUAAUCAUCGGACUUCUCCUGCUGGACUCAUGGUACUCCUCUUUUCUUUCAACAAGCCCAAUCGUACACCCGGACUCGAUCCAAAUCAUUCUUCCCUGCAGUGAAGAUCUUUUCCGCGCACAUUCAUCCACCCAAUGGUCGCAAGUAAUUAGGAGCGGCAAACGCAUCCUCUCGCUAACAAUACGAGCACCAUCCGAAAAAGUCAGCGUCCCGGCCUUAGAAGGCCCUCUAGAAGACUUCUGUGUUCAAGCAGUGUUGGCUAUUGUCCAACUGCGCCAAUCAGAGGCUUACCACCGCCUGCUCUCCAACAAAGCCAGCUACCCCUUUGCCCCGUGCCAUACCUACGCCAUGGAUGGCCGCGCCAGAUGUCUCCCUUCACUUCAGUCUCAGCUCAUCACAGCAUAUGGUGAAAUUCUUGAUCACCUGAAUUCCAAUACUCUCAUCGCCUGGCACUACAUGUGUAUGAUGCUGACAGCUGAUAUCCAAAUAUUUGAUUUGGCCGCUGGGCGCGCGGGCCCAAGUCCUGCCCGAAAAGCCCUAGAAGAUAUUCGCGAGUGGUCACAGACACCUGCUGCUCGGCGAGCAUGUCUUCAUGCUGCGCACAUAUACAAAGUCAUGACAAACCGGAAGACAUCCGAGCAUCCCACUUUUCAAUCAAUCUUCUCACUCUUCUCGGCUGGUCUGGUGCUAGGGCUGUAUACAUUUAUGGUCCCGGAUGUGACUGCCAUAUCAUCUGGCGUUGGCUCAGUGGAGCUGAUGGAUGAUGUCGGGUGGAGAGCCGUCGGAAUGGAGGGAUUCACGAGUUUUAUGGAGCCUGGAGGAACCCAAACGUUCUCGCCUACUGAUGACCCCGCCGUCAGCUUCAUUCGUAACGGUGCUGCAAUCUACCUACGAGGCCUUGCUUUUCAGGGCGGUUAUCAAUCUGCACGCCGUGUCCUCCUCGACUACGCCUCACUUCUGAAAGACUCUGGAAAAUGGAGUGUCAACCAAUUUUCUCACAUUCUUUACAUUAUGAGCGAUGUGCUUAUGGAUGUGGAAUGA